UUUCGCUCUUAUUAGGAGCAUCAUCAGGCUGGAGAACAAAAAUUUACACAAAAAACAAUGACUAUUAGUAGAUGAAUGGUAUAAAAGAGGCAGCACCGCACGGGGAAGACCAAACGAAUUCAAAGGAUCUUCUAAAGAAGUACAAGACGGUUCUCUACUAUCAUUGUGCAACAGGUUAAAACUCUGUUUGGUUGGCAAAUUAAAAUGAAGCUACUACACGGUAUGUUUUCGGUGCUAUUUAUUGUUGAAUUUUCGGAACUUCAAGGAAAACAUGGCUUUUUCUCGCAAGCUCUUCUCAAGGGCGAAGUGAUUGAAAACAUGUCACAGGCAAAGUUUGUAGCUGGAAUCCAUGCCCCCGCAAACCAUCCAAAUGAUGCCAAUAGAAAAAAGAUGAGUAUGUGUACCGCAUUUAUUCUGUCGAAAACGGAAAUUAUCACGAAUGCCCAUUGUGUGUAUGAGGCCCCAUAUGUUUAUGUGGUAGCUGGUACGAAAGUUGUAUCAGAUGCAAACCAGAAAAUUAAAAUCAAAGUCGAAAAAGAGAACAUUGCAUGGCACCCUCAUUAUAGUCGAUUAAUUUUUGGUGCAUUUGAUAUUGCCAAAAUUACACUGAAAACGCCGUUAGAAUUCAGCGAUACCGUUGGCAGUAUUGAACUCGUUGAUAAGGAUCACAAAUUGAAUAACCCAUCAGAAGUGGUCACUGUCUAUGGAUAUGGCGUGUUGAACAACACCAGACCAUCGAUAUUGAGGCGUUGCGAUGCGAACUAUAUGUCUGAUGUCGAACGAGCCAACACAUUUCAGCUAAGUCAGACUUUGUACUUUACCACUGGUGAAGCUACGAAUGAAGGCAAUAUUAUUGCACACGGCGAUUCGGGUGGACCAGUCAUUUCAAAAACAAAUGGCAAAAUCAAUUUCUUACUGCUUACAAAGAAGAUUUUACCGAUGCUGACGAAUAUGAUCAAGUAA